AGGCCGGCCUGCCGGCCGACGAGGAGGCCGAGGAGGGCGUGGACUGGGGCGAGGCCGCAGGCUGCAGCGACGCCGAGGGUGGCGUUGACGAACCGGCGUCGGAGGCGGGCGCGCCGGGCGAGCCCGCCGCGGUGCACACCGUGCCCGCCGCCCCCGUCGGUGCCGCGGGCGCGGAGGCCGAGCCGGUCGUCGUGGUGUCCAGUGACGACGAGCACGUGUCCGCCAAGCCUGUCGUGCUAGGCGCCUGGCGCACUGCGCGGCGCCGCGCGGGCGCCACCGGGGCCUACGACAUGCCCUCUGGGGCGGAGGGCGUGCUGCUGGGUGGCGGCCUGCUGCCCGCGCCGGGGGGCAGCUGCUCGUCCACGGCGGCGCCGCCGCCCACGCGGGAGGAUGAGGGGGCCGCCCACUGCCCGCCAGGCGUGCGGUUGCUCGAGCGCGGCGAGCUGCGAGGAG